CGCGAAUAGUGCAUUUCAAAACGUUUGAUUAACAGUUGCAUGUAGAUUAGCAUGCAAAGCUUUUUAAUUGACUUAACGCAUGUCAACAAUGCCUCUUUGAUGAUGUUUCAAGCACCAACAGCUUUAACAAAGUCUUGACCUUAAUAUCCUAGUGAUAACAAUGAAGAUCAGCAGCUAAAGAAGACACUAAAAUGUGAUUAACCAGAGAUUUGCAGUCACAAUGUUUUCUGACUUGUGGGAGUUACUUGAUUCCUUCAUUUGAACUUAAUGUAACGAGUUAAUGAUGAUACAGCAUUUAAAAGCUAAUGCGUGUGGAUGCAAUUAUAUCUCUACAAUGUUCUCAGCUUUUUUUCUCAUUUACAUUAGCACUGAUCUUUUUUGCAUUUUAAAAAGUUGCAAUUUACAGCUGCAAGUGACUCAGUUGCAUCUCAGCUUUGCGUUUAUUAAGUGCUAAGGUCUUACAGCAAUGAUAUUGCUAUGUAUAAUAUUUUUGCUUGGUGCAUUUUACUUGCUGAAUAUUUACAUCUUUAACUAUUGGAAGCGACGAAAUAUUCCACAAGCUGAAGGACAGAAAAUACUGGUUGGAGAUGCAUCAACAAUGUUCUUAAGGAAAGAAUGUCUUGGUGAAUUCUUCCAGACCAUGUACAACAAGUACAAACAUCAUAAAUUCAUCGGUGCUUACCUCUCAUACCGUCCAGUAUUAAUCGUAAAUGAUCCAGAACUAAUUCAAGACAUAAUGAUCAGAAACUUCACUUCAUUUCAUGACCGUCCAGUUCCAAUCAAUGAGGAAGUAGAUCCACUUACAAAAAACUUGUUUUUUAUCAAAGGGCAGAAGUGGCGUGACUUGAGAGUCAAAAUGUCACCAACUUUUACAUCUGGAAAGUUGAAAUUAAUGUUCUCGAUCAUGACUGACUGUGGGAAGGUUCUGCAAGACUACAUCGAAAAGAAUUUGCAAGAAAAUAAAAAUGUUUUUGAGUUUCGUGACCUACUUGCUAGAUUUACAACAAACAUUAUCUCGUCUGUUGCCUUUGGCAUUGAUAAUGACUGCAUCAAUGAGCCUGACAACAUUUUCCGUAAAAUGGGAAUGAAAAUUUUCGAUCAAGGAAUUGUUCAAGGCAUGAAGAAUGUGAUUGGAUUGUUGACACCGGCUUUCUUCGUCAAGCUGAAUAUUUCUCUAUUCCACAGAGAUAUUUAUGACUUUAUAGUCUCUCUCGUGCAUCAAACAAUUGAGUAUAGAGAAAAAAAUAAUUUUCAUCGUAAUGACUUCAUGCAGCUGCUAAUAGAAUUGAAAAAUCAAGGCUACAUCUCAGUCGAUAAAAAUUCUAAAGAUGAAGAUGAAAUUGAGUGGAAGUUUGAAGAUACGAAUGGACAUGAAAUGAAAAAUCUUACGAUUGAGGACAUUGCAGCACAAGUUUUUGUAUUUUUUGCUGCAGGUUUCGAAACAUCAAGUUCAACAAUGCAACUGUGCUUGUAUGAACUGUGCAAGAAUCAAAAUAUCCAACGAAAAGUUCAACAAGAAAUUGAUCAAGUCAUGAAAUCUACAGAAUCAAAGGAAAUAACUUACGAUCUCUUGCAUCAGUUGAAAUAUCUCGAGUGCUGUGUUGAUGAAACUCUCAGAAAAUAUCCAAUCAUUCCGAUCCAUUUUAGAGAGUCAACAAAAGAUUACAAAAUUCCAAAUACAGACAUAGUGAUUGAUAAAGGAACUGCUAUUUAUAUUUCACUUAUGGGAAUUCAACGUGAUUCAGAUAUUUAUGAAGAUCCAAUGACAUUUAAGCCUGAAAGAUUUUUGAAUUCGACAACUGGAAGUCCAAAAGUGACGAAAGGAUUGGUUUAUACGCCUUUUGGGGAUGGACCGAGGAAGUGCAUCGGAGCAAGGAUGGGAAAGUUCCAGACUCUUCUCGGACUGUAUCUCUUGAUGAGCAAAUACAAUGUGAGCUUUGCUGACGAAAGCUUGGGAAAAGAAGAACUGAGGUAUCAUGCUAGUAGUUUGGUGCUGACACCUUUGGAAAAAUUCAAUUUCAAGGUCACUGCUCGCUAGAUGCAUGGCUGUAUUAAUUUUUUAAGUUUGUGAUAAAGCUUCUAAUUGAAGCUUAAAGUAUUUGACUAAAUUUUAGCAUCCCCAUAUUAGAAUAUUCUU